AGCGAAAGGCCCGCCCUUAGCAACGGAGCAGGCGGAGUUCCGGUAGCGAAGGACACUUGAGCUCUGACCAAGCUUUAACUUCCGAUGCCCUUUGACACCCCCCAGAAGGAAGUGUCGUGGGUUGGAGCGUGGCCCCAGGUGGGGCGUCCCACCCCAUGGCAGCCCGUGGCAGCCCCCCACCCUCCCCGGGGUGGCAGGAGCCGCGCCGCUCGGCCCGGCUCCUGUUCCAGCGGGUGGCAGCAGCGAUGCCGGCAGCGGCCGACGGAGGGGACGUGCCAGGGUACCACUGCAACGAGUGCCAGAAGGACAUUAAGCACCUGUCCAGCUUCCAGGAGCACCAGCGCAUCCACACAGGCGAGCGGCCCUUCCAGUGCCAGGUCUGCCGUAAGCGCUUUACCCGCUGCGCCGACCUCAUCAAGCACCGCCUGGUGCACUCGGACCGGCGGCCCCACCGCUGCCGGGCCUGCGGCAAGCGGUUCAAGCUGCCCGGCGACCUGGUGAAGCACGGCAAGGUGCACUCUGCCGAGGCGCCCUUCACCUGCGAGACGUGCGGCAAGCACUUCAAGCGCACCUCAUGUCUCAUCAAGCACCUGCGCAUCCACACGGAGGAGAAGCCCUUCCCCUGCCUGCACUGCGGCAAGCGCUUCAAGUGGGAGGCGUCGGUGAAGGAGCACCAGCGCAUCCACUCGGGGGAGAAGCCAUUCCGCUGCGAUGCUUGCUCCAAGCGCUUCACCCACUUCUCCACCUUCCUGCAGCACAAGAGGAUGCACCAGAACCGGCGCCAGUUCCGCUGCCAGGACUGCGCCCAGGCCUUCAACCACAAGUCCAAUCUGCUGAAGCACCAGCGCAAGGUCCACGGCUAGCAGGGGCCGCCGCAGCUCCCAGGACAACUCAAGGGCAGUGGGGAUUUUGGAGGGUCA